AGCCCGCAUACACAUUAAGGUGAAACCUCAGGAAACCUAGAGGUUAUAAGAGCAAACCCUAGAACGAUCUCUACCUUAGCCUCCUCCUCCUCUUCUUUCACCACCUCUAAUUCGCCGUUAGCUCCUCCCUUCUCCGUCUAACUCAACAUGGCGCCGAAGAAGGACAAGGUUCCGCCGCCGUCAUCUAAGCCUGCGAAAUCCGGAGGAGGGAAGCAGAAGAAGAAGAAGUGGAGCAAGGGAAAGCAAAAGGAGAAGGUGAACAACAUGGUCUUGUUUGAUCAGGCUACUUACGACAAGCUUCUCACCGAAGCUCCCAAGUUCAAGCUCAUCACUCCUUCCAUUCUCUCCGACCGUAUGAGGAUUAACGGGUCUCUAGCAAGGAGGGCUAUUAGGGAGCUGAUGGCCAAAGGUGUGAUCCGGAUGGUCGCUGCUCACUCGAGUCAGCAGAUCUACACUCGUGCCACCAACACCUAAUAUGUUUUUGCUCUUUGAUUUUCUUUUUUCUUACCUCCUUUGUUUGGUUCUUGUUAAGAAUCUUGUUUUCGAGAUAUUUUAUUGCACUGAGACUGCUAAAUUCUAGUUAUCCAUUGGCUCCUC